GUGUAAGGAUGUUCAUGAAUAUGCAAUUUCUACUCAUGUUCUUUGUUCUUAGCCUUCUUAUCAUGUCUAUUGAUGGGAGCAACAAUGGUGAAAAAAACAUCGAAAUUGCAAUGAUGCAGACCAAUUCAAGUAAAGUAAGUCCACCACCAUCUACUCUAGAUUUUAAUGACCCAUUUCAUGAUCACAAGUUGACGGGUUUUUGUAUGCCAAGUCCAUCAACAAGAUGCCAUGGAACAAGAAAAAGUUGUUAUUGUUGUAUUGGGCCACCAGUAGUAAUAUGCAUAGAAGGGAACGUCGUGUUCUCGGUGGGGGCAAGCAAUGGAAGAAGAGAGUAUCGAUGGGGUCAUAGGCGGUUAACAAAGAGAACCACUAAAAAAGGCAGGAGUAACCGAGGCGAGCAAAUAGAAGAAGGAUUUGCAGAAGUAGCGGACCAAGUUGCUGAUUCCAUCUUGAUCCUAUCAGCCAAAUUUAUGUGA